UGUGGACUCGGUCCAGCGAAGCCUUUUCCCUUAUUCACGCGUCAACCAAGUAUCCCAUUCUUUCCUCUUUCCCCCUUUCUUCUUCUUCAACCCUCUUAAUUAGGGUUUCCUCAUUCUCACAAUCAAUUCUACUCCCCCCAAUCCCACCCAAAGUCUUCUUUAAUAUUGAGCACAACAACAACUAAUCAGAAUUGGAUUUGGCUUCAUUCAGACCAUGAAUCCCCCCAUAUCCCAACUCCUCCUCUUCUGUUACUUCAUCAUCCUCCUCUGCUCCUCCUCCGCCGCCGUCCGAUCCGACUCCAUCAUCAAAAUGCCCACUGACUCCGACUCCGGCGCCUGCCCCGGCUCCUCUCUGCCCCGCUCGCCGGCUGUCUGCCCCGUCAGCUGCUUCCGCCCCGACCCGGUCUGCGGCGUCGACGGCGUCACCUACUGGUGCGGCUGCCCCGAAGCCCAGUGCGCCGGCGUCAGAGUCGCCAAGUUGGGGUAUUGCGAGGUGGGCAGCGGCGGUUCUGCCCCUCAGGCUCUGCUGUUGGUUCACAUUGUCUGGCUCAUCGUCCUCGGCUUUUCGGUCCUUUUCGGCAUUUUCUGAAUUCGAAUUCU